AUGGAUAUAUUAGUUCUGGUUAACUCCAUAAGGCAAAACAAUGAACACUUCGCCGAAGCCAACCAGAUGCUAACAGAACUAAUAUCAGACAAUCCAGAUGAAUUCAUUCACCAACUUUGCGCUGCAAUUCCAAAUGCAAAGGAUGCUAAGUUGCAGAUAGGUGCAAUUCAGUUUCUAACCAUCCCAAUUGAACGAAAUGGUAACUGUUUUGUAAUGAAUUCAUCUACAACUCGUAUCUCUGACGCAGCAAAAUUAGAAGUCAAAGAAUUACUGGUGAACAUGCUCAAUUGUCCACAUGAAAUUGCAAAUGCAGCAAGUAAGGUACUAGUUUUUUAUACUAGUUCUAAUUCUUGUGACUCUAACAGUUUAUUCCAUGAAUUAAUGGAGAAUUGUUAUCCAGAGAAUGCUCAAAAUUUGAGUUUAGCGUAUUUUCAAACACUUACAGAUCUCUCUAGUUCAAUUUAUCUUCAGGAAAGAGAAAACGAAACAACAAUUUUACAAUUAUACAAUUUUUGCAGUUCAAUUGAACUACAAAACAAAAUUAAAAUAGAAAUUCUCAAAAUAAUAGGAAAUGUACUACGAAUUCCAGCAAAUCAAGAAGGGGAUCAACGUUUUUUCGAAGUUUUUCAAUAUAUUUGGUCUUUAUGUCCACAAUUUCCAGAACAGUGCUUUACAAUACUUACACAAGGCAUCCAAGAUCAUGGUAAUGUUAUAUCUCAGCUCCCAAACCUCGUAGAACAGACAAUGGCCGCCAUUACAUCCGAAGACAAAAAUACAAGGCUUGCAGCCAUUGAAAUGCUCUUAGUAAGGUAUAUGGACCCCGACCCAUCCUCUUUGGCUUCAUUUAAUCCAAUAGUUGACGGCCAAGAACAACAAAUAAUACAAAUCAUGAUAAACAUCCUGGAAGCAGACCCAGAUGUCGAAGUUAUACAGAAUGAUUCAUUUUCAGGUAAAUGCAAGCGAGUUCUCAAGGAAUUAUGUGAUUCUAUCUACCAAAUCGUCCAAGAAAACAUACAAACUUACAUUGAGAGCCAUCUCGAGUCAGAAAUAGUUGGUCAGAGGACUGUGGCCAUGCUUCUCUUCUCUAUCGCUGUUUCUAAGGGAGAUGAAGGAAUUUUACCGUUUAAAGACGAAAUUCCACAGAUAAUUUCACAGGCAUUGCAAGACCCAACAGAAAGAGUUGUUAACGAGACACUUUCUAUAGUUUCAACCUUAAUUAUUUCGAAUUUUUUACAGAUCGACGAAAGCCUCAUUACAUUCAUUGCUCCUCAUGCCUGCAGCACGAGUAUCAAUCUUUCGCACUCAGCUCUCGAUACUCUUUUCGUAAUAAUCUCAAGAUGCAAUGAUGAGCUACGAACUCUUGUUGCUUCAACUGUAUUCUCAUAUAUACGUGAAGUAACAGACGAAAAUACGAGAGGCAACCUUCUCAGGAACUUAACAGACCUUUGUAAAAAAUUAUCCGAAGAAGUAUCUGCGACAAUUGUAGAACCAGCAGUCCAGCUUGCCAUGGACAUUCUACAAGAGUCAACCCCUGAAUCUCCCGCAGUUUCUCUAUCUCCAGCCAUUGGAUUUGCCGCAUCCGUUUUUAUGGCGGCCGGUACAAGCGUUGGUGAGCUUGCCGAUGAGUAUUUCAAGUUCGGUGUCCAGCUUAUCGAGUCAGAUUUAACAUGCGAUGGCAUUAUUACCCUUGCAGCCGUAAUGAAGAAUUUUGCAACAGCCGAUCCAUCAUUUAUGGCCACUUCCAGCUCCUUAAUUGCAGAGCAGCUCCCCCUAUUAUCGAAUAGCGAUGACCUGCUCAGCAUCCUCCAGCUGGCUCUCUACACAGUUCCAUUUUCUGAAAGCGAAGAAUUGUUAACGGUCAUUACAAACUGUUUAUUCGAAAUUGGACUGACCGCGAAGAUUUCUCCGGACUUCAGAACCAGUGUUCUCAACGUUUUGGUCGCUGUUUUCGAAAGGAUGCCUGAAUUAAUCACAUCUCGGUUACAUGAAUUCUUCGAAAUCGCUUACUACGCUGGAAUAUCGAUUAUUUCAUCAAAGCAGAGGUUGAAGAUAUUUAUCGGAGCUGAAAGAUUCUUUACAGAAGAUCUACUUUACGCAAGAGCUGUUUCUGAAUCAAUUUUCGAAGUUGGAUACGAUAUCAAAAACAGAAGUAAGUGGAACGCAAAGCUACUAAUAACUCUACUGGAGAUUGCUUUGGUGACAGAUCCUCAAUAUCAGUGGACUUAUCAAUCUCUCAAAUUUAUUUCGAAUCAGUUUUACAAACACAUAAAACCGUAUAUAGACGAUGAGAGUGCUGAAAGAAUUAUUGAGCUCCUGCCUAUCAAACCAGUGAAUCCUCAAUUAGAAAGUCAAGAAUAG